AUGUCAACAGUAAAUGAAUAUGAAGUCGACUUACAAUACAGGUUACCAAUUUUCAUAUCUGUCAACACUGCACAUUAUAGAUCAUGUAAGAUAUUUGUAGAUGACGAUGUCGAGGCAUUGUUUUUAAUGGAAACAGAACAAGCUACAGAGAAUCUUAUUCCUCCUCAAAUGGAACCAAAGAUGUUUGCAUACAUCUAUGAUAAUGGUGACAUGAUUCCUAACCCAGAAAAUGGUGUUUUGUUUAAGUCUGACACAUAUAUCAUGGUUCAGCUUCAUAGAGGUUUCACAUUUUCGCAAUUAAUAGAGAUAAUAUUGCAACGGGCGAAGAGAUAUCCAACCAAUCCACCUCCUGCCCUCCAUUUUAGAUUUCCAACACAAAUUUGUGGCAGACAUGUGACUUACACAACAACAAAUAUUGAAGAUGACAAUGACUUGGAUGGAGCCAUGGACAUCACAGAGGCCAACCCAACUUUGAGAUCCUUGGAAAUUUGCACAACUUACAACACAGGUAUUUCGUCUUCCCAGCCCAAUUAUUUUAAUCAUUCUCAUGAACAUCAACAACCCUUACAAACCCAAUCCACACAUCAGUCAUUUGACCUUAACGCCACAUAUAUAGGGGAAUGGGAAAAUAACAUACAAUCAUACACCCAACUCUAUCAGUCCAUCGACCUCACAACUUCUCUCAUCUCCUACAUAUGUUGA